AUGGGUGUAAUUGGUCUCACAGCGAUCGAAGUUCUGGCCUACUGUCUGGGGGCCGGCCUUGUUUUGGCCAUUUUUGUCGUCGUUUGCAAUUGCGUCACAACCUGCUAUGACACACUGAAAUACCGUGCGAAAAAGUCGAAAAUCGAAAAGCUGCCCGAUGAUUAUGUGGAUGAAAUUCAUCAAUUAUUGGCAAGGAAUCGGAAUUUUGGGGCGAAAAAUGGAAAUUGUGUGGUUUUGGAGGGAAAUGAGCCCAAUAUUGAGGUGAUUUCGAGCAUUUUGAGCCAAAAAUGAGCAAAUUUGGAGCAUUUUGAGCCAAAAUUCAUGAUUUUUGAUCAAUUUCAACCCAAAAUUCCAGAAAAAUCGAUAAUUUUAAGCCUAGAUAUUGUAAAAUUCAAUUUUUGACCAAAAAAGCACAAAAUUCCGAUCUAGAAACAUAUUUUUGACCAAAAAUUAAUUUUUUUUCAAAAUUUUCAUCCAAAAAAGUUUCUAGAUCAAAAUUUUGUGCUGAAACUGGAAAAAUCGCUGAAAUUUGCUGAAAAUCAUGGUUUUCAUGAUUUUCAGCACAAAAUUCCGAUCUAGAAACAUAUUUUUGACCAAAAAUUAAUUUUUUUUCAAAAUUACAGUAACCCCAGGCUUGUUUGGUCUCAAAACGACCGGAAUUUUCGCGCCAAAAAUCUACAGUACCCCCCUCCCCCCAAAAAAUCGAUAUUUCUUACAGUACAUCGAAGACACGCGGCUCUCCUCCUCCUCACAGCAACAAAUUUUCGCGCCAAAAUCAUUGCAGCACCGUAUCCUCCGCCAAAUCACCGAAGAGGACACAAUCCACAACACCAACACGAAUUCCUCUUCAAAUUCUACAGUAUCCCUGGGUCCCGACGCGAAUUUCAAAGAAAAACAUUGUUGUGUCGAUUUACGCGAGAAAAGAGAGAGUGUGGAUUUUGGAGGAGACGCAGAGAACAAAGCGAAGAACUUGGGGAAGGCUAAGCAACUCACAAUUUGA